CUUCUGUCUGGACUGACUGUUUCUUCAAGUAAACUGCUAAAGUGAAAACAGACUAAACAUCAUCUGAUGCUAUUAAAUAACCAGAUUGAAUAUAUCUCAUUUUCUACCUUUGACCUGUCUUUCUCUCUACCAGUCUCUCUGAGAGUCAGCCCGAACCGUCAGCAGUUUUUUACGGGGGAGUCUGUACAUCUGAGCUGUGAGGAGGAAGAGGAUGUGGAGGGUGAGGAAGAGGGGAUGGACUUACCUGGUUGGAAGCUGAAGAGGAUUUCACUCAUAGAGACCGAGACGUGCGGAGCAACUGGCAACUUCAGGAGGCUCAACGCUUCUUCCUGCGUUGUCUCAAAUCUGUCUCCUGUAUAUGAUCGAGGGGUUUACUGGUGUGAACGCAGGAAUGGAAAGAAAAGCAUCCAAGUCACCAUCACUGUUUCAGCUCGUCCUUUUAUCCUGGAGGUCCCUGCGCUUCCUGUGACGGCAGGGAGCAAUGUCACUCUGCGCUGCAGGAAUCGACAGGGUUCCACCGUCCCAGUUAACUUCUUUAAGUUCGGCAGACACAACGCACCAAUUCAAGCUGCGCCCAGCGGAGAGUUUACGAUCAGGGGGGUGAAGCUGUCUGAUGAAGGUUUCUACUGGUGUUCUACUGAGCAGAACGUCUCGCCAUCCAGCAGACUGAAUGUCAAAGCUGCUUCUUCACAUCCCCGCAACAACUCCAAUCCCAUCUUCUUUUCUCCUCUGGUCAGAGUGUUCUGCCAUCUACUGGUUAUUGGUGUGUACUGCAUCACCACUGGACUGCUGGUUUCUAUUCACUGCUGUAGGAUGGAUGGAAAGGCAGCAGGCAUCACCACGGGGACGGUGCAGCGAGCUGAAGGUGAGCAGGUGUUGGACAACAAAAGUCUCAAUGCUGCUGAUGACGUUACCACGGAGCAUGACUUCUGAGCUGCUUUAACAGAACAAACUGUACUUCCAGUCAAGUUAGUAUUUGAUUCACUAAAACUUUACCCUUUGCAAAAUCUUAACAAACAAACUAAAGACAUCCUGGAGAACGGCAUCAUAAAGCUGCCUGGAUGAGCCUACUGAGUCAAACACAUUUUAACAACUUUAUCAAACUAAAAGAAGAACCCACAUGAAGGGUCUUGAUAGUUCACCCACAUGAGGCUCAAACUGCUAUUUUGAGCCAUUAGCAUUGAAGCUCCAAGUCUUUGGAAAUCUGCAGGAGGAAUGAAAUGUCUUUUCAGAAGAGAUUCACAUAUUUGGUGAAAAAGCAUUAGGGAAGUGUUGCCCCAACAUGUAGAGUUUAAUAUUGUACAUAUAUAUUUACAUAUUAACAUAUUUUACAUUGUAAAAAUGCAUGAAAUAAAAAAGAAAUAUAUCAUUAAUGUAGAUGUUCAGUGAAUGUUCUUUUCUGUGUUUUAUAAUAUCUGCUAUGAAACACUUAGCCGUAAUA